UUCAAUCCCACAAUCCCUCACACAAUCCUUCCAUUCCUUCUUCCAUCCAUGGCUUCUGCUCUUCUUGCUCAUCCUCUCCUUCCCCGUUUCACUAACUUACCUCUUUCAAGCUUUCAUCGCCCCGCUUUGCCUCAUCCUAAGAUUGGCAAAUGUAAGCAAAGAGGGCUGCGUUUUGUUUGCUCCGCUGCUGCUGACUUGUUUGAUGACAACCUCGCCGCUAAAAAUGGUAACGGUGCUGCUUCCGCGGCUGCUUUAGGACUUGAGGCUGAAACCACGCCCGAUGUUGUUGAUUUCUUUGAUGAUGAGGACGAUCCUGACUGCCCAUCUGAGGGCUACUCUUCCAUUCCCACCGCCGUUGAUGCUAUUAGCCAAGGAAAGUUUGUGAUCGUUGUGGAUGAUGAAAAUGAGGACACGGAAGGGAAUUUGGUAAUGGCUGCCUCUUUUACAACUCCCAGUAAUAUAACAACCAUGGUUCAACAUGGCUCAGGCAUACUCUAUGUGGGUAUGAAAGAGGACGAUCUUGAAAGGCUUAAGCUUCCCAUAAUAUCGAUCGAUAAUGGGAACGAGACAUCAACUUUUACCAUCACUGUGGAUUUGAAAAAUGGGACAUCAGCAGGAGUAUCAACAGCAGAUAGAGCAAAGACAAUUGUUGCUUUAUCAUCACCUCAGUCUAAGGCUGAGGACUUCAGACGGCCAGGUCACGUGUUUCCCCUCCGGUACCGAGACGGCGGCGUUCUGAGGAGAGCUGGCCACACGGAAGCUUCUGUAGAUUUAGUUUCCCUUGCUGGGUUAAGGUCAGUUUCUGUUCUUUCAACCAUUGUUGACCCUGAAGAUGGCUCCAUGGCUUCACUACCCAAGUUGAGAAAGUUGGCAUCAGAAAAGAAUAUCCCAAUAGUCUCUAUUACUGAUUUGAUUAGAUACCGAAGAAAGAGAGAAAAUUUGAUUGAAAGGAUUGCUAUUUCUCGGCUGCCAACUAAAUGGGGCCAAUUCUAUGCUCAUUGCUAUCGCUCAAAUCUAGAUGGAAUUGAGCACGUGGCUCUUGUAAAGGGAAACAUUGGAGACGGUCAAGAUGUGCUUGUAAGGGUCCAUUCCGAGUGCUUAACUGGCGACAUAUUCGCGUCAGCAAGAUGUGACUGUGGCAACCAACUAGACUUAGCAAUGCAAAUGAUUGAGAAGGCUGGAAGAGGCGCUGUUAUUUACCUAAGAGGUCAUGAAGGAAGAGGCAUUGGCCUUGGCCCCAAGCUGCUUGCCUACAACCUACAAGAUCAAGGCCACGACACAGUCGAAGCCAACAUCGAGCUCGGAUUGCCUGCCGACGCCCGUGAUUAUGGAGUCGGAGCUCAGAUGCUGAGAGAUAUUGGGAUUAGAACAAUGCGGUUGAUGACAAACAACCCCGCGAAGUUCAAGGGGCUGAAGGGAUAUGGUUUGGCAGUGACAGCGAGGGUCCCUGUGGUGACACCCAUUACGGAUGAAAACAGAAAGUACUUGGAAACCAAGAGAACCAAGAUGGGCCAUAUCUAUGCGAAGGGCCAAUUUUUAAGGUCGCGACAGGCUGAAGCUUCAAGAAAUUGAAUUUAUCCCUUCAACAAAUAAAUAAAUAAAUAAAUAAAUAAAUCAAUGGAUGCAUAAUUAGAUAAAUAAAAUUGAAUCAAAUAAAAGGGAUGGUCGAGAAUUUGUUGCUCGCAAUGCCCCCAUUGCCUGUUGGCUUCAGUGUAAUAAUAAAGGAUUGGUGGGAGUUGUUUUGUGUG